AUGAAGAACAAUUUGAGUAACGUUUUGAAGAAGGCGAAGCCAUAUUUAGCUGCCAUCCUUCUAAGAUUUCUGUCUGCAGCUUUGGUUGUUACAGCAAAGAUUGCAUUGAACCAUGGCAUGAGCCCCUUUGUGUAUUCCCUCUAUCGUUUUUUUGUUGCCGCCAUUGUUGUAGCUCCAUUUGCCUUACACUUUGACAGAAAAAGAAGACCACAGAUGACUUGGCCCAUCUUUGCCAAGAUUCUAUUGCUCGGCUCUAUGGACUCUUUGGUUAUCCCCAACAUGUAUUUCAGUGCUCUGAAAUAUGUAACUCCAACUUUCUCCAUUGCUAUGUCCAACGUUGUUCCUGCCUUUUCCUUCUUCUUCGCUGUCAUUUUCAGGAUGGAGAAGGUUGAUAUUAGGAGACUUUCAUCCCAGGCAAAGAUAUUGGGAACUAUAGUGGCAGUGGGAGGGGCAAUGAUAAUGACCUUUUUUGGAGGCCCAAACUUGAGAUUUCCUUGGACAAAAUUAGAACAUUUACACAAUCACUCUAAUUCAACUCCUCCUUCAAACACCCAUCAAGAUUCUUUGAAGGGUGUCAUUUUGACCACAAUUGCUUGUAUCUGCUCUUCUGUUUCAUGCAUUCUCCAGGCAGUUGUAUUAAAAUCAUAUCCAGUGGGGCUGAGUUUGACAGUUUUGGUGAGUUUGGUGGGAGUUGUGGAAGGAGCUAUGGUAGCUUUAGCAAUGGAAUGGAGAAACUCUUGUGCCUGGUCACUUCAUUUUGAUUUUCAACUCUUGGUCAUCCUUUAUGCUGGAAUAAUAAUGUCGGGGCUUUCGUACUACGUUCGAGGAGGUGUAAUUAAGGAAAAAGGGCCUGUGUUCUUUACAGCAUUUUCCCCUCUAAGCACUGUCAUUGUUGCAAUCAUAAGCUCAUUCGCACUCUCUGAGGUUUUUUCUUUGGGAAAGAUUUUGGGAGGAGUGGUCAUAAUAAUAGGACUUUAUUUGGUUAUGUGGGGCAAAACCAAAGAUCCAGCCAUUGAUGAGCCAUCCAAUAAUUCUUCGCAGAGCCUCCAUGUUUCAAACCAUCAAGAUCAUCAACAACUUAAACCAACUAAUGAGGUUUCUAAGGCAACAAGGGAUGGUUUAGUUUGA